AUGAUCCUCGGACCGGUAUCACUGCUCGACUGUCUGGUCUUUGUCAUCUUCCUGACGCCGCAGCUCCUCAUCAAUGUCGGUUUCUUCCCAACGGUAGUGGUCACUCUGAAGAUGCUGCCUUUUCUCGUGUUUCAACUGCCGACGUCCCUGUUCCACGAGCGAUAUCUACUCAGCCACGAUGAGCAGUCGCCUUUUGUGCAGCGCGCGAGUUUCUUCGAAGAUUUAGUCAUACGCUGCGUGCGUUACGCCUUUGCAAACUUGCCAACCAAUAUUGGACGUGUCUUCUUUUCAAAGUACAUAUCUCUGCCGUUUCUGCGGUUUCGAAUGCUGCGGCAUGGCUAUCUCAGGUCACCUGCGACCUGGAGUGAGCACAAGGAAAAGGGCCAACACGGCUUCGAAGGGGUUUGGAUCCAAAAGGAUGCGUCGCAACCGCCCGAUAUUGUGGUAUACUACGCCCACGGAGGCGGUUUCGCCAUGGGCUCCGCCUACUUUUAUCUCGAGUUUCUUCUGUCGUGGCACUCGUUACUCGUCCAAGCCGGCUACCGGAACCCUGCCAUAUUCUCUCUCGAGUACACCCUCGUGCCCGAUAAAAUGUACCCAAGGCAAAUGUACGAGACUUUGAGGGGCUAUAAGCAUGUCCUGAAAAAAGUUGGAGACCCUCGGAAGGUGGUCGUUGCAGGAGACUCAGCGGGAGCAACCCUGAUAUUGACGCUGUUGCUGGAGCUGGGUCACAUGAACGAGGCCCGGGCAUUCAAGGAAAAGAGUGACGAUUCCACCGCAUCUGAAGGUCGAAGUCAGGAGCAGUUGCGUCAAGCCUCAGAGUCCCCGCUUCCAGGGCUUUGCGUCUUGAUUUCGCCGUGGGCCAAGCUCAUCUCCAACAAGCAUGAAAAUACGGCCAGCGACUUUCUGGAUCGCGACACGCUAUGGAAAUACGCGGUGCAGUAUGCUGGGGCAGCGCAUGUCUACGACAAGACCGCGUCGCCUGGGCAGUGCGCCGAUCCUCGGGUGUGGGCGGAAGCUAGUCCACUUUGUGGCUUCUUCAUCACGUACGGAUCAGAAGAGGUGUUCGCACCCGACAUCAAGGACCUGAUUAACGUCUUGGUCAAAAGUACCGAGGUCGACAGUCGUAGCGAGGAUGGCGGGAUACACGCCUGGCCCGUUGUUUCGUUAUUCCUGUCAAGCACCGAAGACAAGAGACUCAAGGGUCUGCGGACACUCACGUCAGCCAUCAGAAAACACAUCCAGUAG